AUGAUAUGGAAUUGCCGUCAUGGAAUCGGUAUACCUUCAACAUCUCAAGACCAAUCCUUUAAUCGUUCCCAUUGUCAUUCGUCUACUUUCGAUAUCUUUCAAAAAAUGUCUCAAGACCAUCACCACCAUGCUUCUGAGCUACAAAUAAUCGUAUCUCCAGAGACCACUACCAACACUCUAACAAGUGAUUCCCACAAUCCAAUGAUAACGAGUCACCAAACUUCCAAUACAGAAUCAUCAACUCAACCUCCACUUAAAAAGAAGACAACUUUCGCAUCACGUGAUGAACACAUAGCUACAACCAUAGCCAUUCAAGAAGAUAAAACAGAAAGUACAAGUAUUUUCAGUAAGACUACUAGUGCUCAAUCACUUUCAUCUCAAACUAAACUCAGAAUUAAAACAUGUUGUGGAAUAAUCAAGUUGAAUACUAUGAGAUUAUUGUCAGUGGUGGCCAUGUUUGUCAAUUCCAUUGCUUUUAUUGCUAUUGCUGCUGUUGUAAUUAAUUCGUAUACGUUACAGACUUCGGUUGAUACUGAUCUGUUAUUGAAUAGAGGUGAUUUAGUUUCGUUUACUGAAAAAACCGAAUGUGCUGUUAAACUGACAGCUUAUGAAAAUAGAACAGCCUAUACAGAAUCAUAUUAUGUUAAUUAUCAGAAUGUUACUAAUCUACUUUCCACAUUGAAACAAGUUUUACCUUCAAAGAUUUAUACUCUGAAUGGAGUUGACGUUCCAACUAAGAAAAUGGAUGAUGAAAUUCUGACACUUGUUGGCAAUGGUUAUGGAGGUCAAGCUCUGAAUAUUCUCAAGUCAUCUGAAUAUAUCAGUCAACAAGUUGCUUACGAUACUUUCUUACAAUCCAUGUUGGAUUAUUCGAAUGAUAUGGCCGAAUCUAAGAAUUCUUAUAUUUUCAUUUCUAGUAUUGUAAACUUGGUUUUGGUUGUAAUUGCCUUGGUAGUUGUCGUGCCAACUGUCUUUGUUGUCUUUGCAAUGGCCAUCAAGAAGGAAGGAAACACAUCAAAAAAGUUAAAGAAGGCAACUGCAUUCAUGUUGUUAGACACAAUGGAAGAUGAAGUAAUGAAAUCAAAAUUCAAAGAGUUUUGUAAGAUGGAAGGUCACGGAAUUGACCUUUUCCAUUUUAUUGAGAAAACUGUUAGCUAUACUCAUUUGUGUGAAAAACAAAAUGAAAUGAUGGAUAAACUUGCCAAGAAUAAGGGAGAUCCAAAGGCAGUAAGAGAUUUUGAAAAGGAAAAGUACAUUCUUGCCUUUGAAAUAUUUGCCGAAUAUUUGGAUGAAGAUAUUGGUGAGUAUCCAAUUCUUGUCAGUGGUGCAUUGCAUGAAUGUUUGAAAAAUAGAAUUGACGACUUUUCAAUUAAUGAAGCAGAGACCUAUCUCAAGGAAAAUCUCUUUGAAGAUAUUCAAAAGGAAGUUGCAAUGACUUCGCUCAAUGAUUUGCACUUCAAAUUUAAACAAUUCUUGAUGGCUAGUAAGAAGCUUCAAGUCAAAACACAACAAUAAAAAUGUUUGUAACAUAUUUA